GCUUCCUGUUUGGGAUAGUUGGCGAUGAACAAGCGGAACGGUUUGAAAAAGAAUUGCAAAUAAUCAUGGAAGAACCAGAGGCAAUGGAAGUUGAUGACAAUACAUAUAAUGGUGUACAGCAUUCACAAAGUGCACCAGAGUUACAAAGAGUACUUUCAGAGGAGGAAAAACGGUGCUCUAUAUGUCUUGACGAUUUUAUAGACAAGAAAAUUUUAGAUAAAUGUACUCAUCCUUUCUGUAAAGGAUGUAUAGAGUUACAUUUCACAUACAAACCAACUUGUCCUGUGUGUGGGACAGUAUAUGGUAAAGUUAUUGGUACUCAGCCAGAUGGAACAAUGACUAUAUCAAGUUCAAAAAGGCGAUCCUUGCCUGGACAUGAACCACAUGGAUAUAUAUCUGUGUCCUAUGAUUUUCCAGAUGGCACGCAAACAGAUGUACAUCCAAAACCUGGAAAACCAUAUUACGGAACCAGUAGAACUGGAUAUCUACCAGAUUGUCCAAAAGGUAGAAUAGUAACCAGGCUUUUGAAAGUUGCAUUUGAUAGACGGUUGGUAUUUACAGUUGGUAGGUCAAGAACAACUGGAAUGGAUGAUUGUGUAACAUGGAAUGAUGUGCACCAUAAGACUACGUUGGCAGGAGGUCCACAAAACUUUGGCUAUCCAGAUCCAACAUAUUUGGAUCGUGUACUGGAAGAAUUAGCAGCAAAGGGUGUAACAGAAGCAGACUUACAUGAGGCUCCAGAAAAUGUGAUAAAAUGACGCUCGGUUUUCAGUCUUCAUAGGAAAAUUAUUUUAAUGACUAUGUCUCAUGACUAUAUUUUUAUAACAACUUGGAAAGUGAAUUUCGAUACAUGUUUAUGAAUCAUAUUGAAAUUCAAAAGCCUCAUCGAGAGCCUGUUAAAAUUGUGACAAUGCAUAUAUGAAGUUUAUAGAAUGUGAUAGAUAUUGUUUUUUUUGCAUUGUGUUUUAAUACAUGUAUCAUGUAUCUCACUGUAAAUUUGUGAUUGUUUCAUUAUUUUUGAAAAGUUUUAUGAAUUUUAUUUACUGUAUGACCAUUUGCAAAAUUAAAAUUGUUUUAGCUA